AGCCAUACUUUGUCGAUGUCUAGCAGCUCUAAUCAUACCUGCGAGAUAAGUCUUGUGUCGUAUAUUUUCAACUUUUCUCAAAACGCUUUAGCCUGAUGGGUUUUCUUCGUUAAAUUCGUCAUUUUAUGUGUUCAGCGAUUGUCAGCUAUCGAGCCAUUUUAGCAAUACGCUUAUUUAGUUUGCUAGCAUUACCCAGCAACGUUAGCUAGUGAGCUUUUAAAAUACUUGUCAGUUUGUAAGGCCAUUUGACUUAUAGUUAAUAGUUGUUUGAAUCGGUGGCUGACACGGCUUUCUAACUUAAAUAAAACAGUUUGAUAGCCAUGUCUGGACAGUCAUCGGGCUGUGGGUUUCUAAUGUCGGUUGUUGUUCACGGAGACUCGGCUCUGAACGAGCAGGAAAAUGAGCUCAACCAGCAACUCCGACGGCUCUAUCCAGCGGUAAACGAACUUGAAACCCCGCUUCCUCGAUCCUGGAGCCCGAAGGACAAGUUCAGUUACAUUGGCCUCUCUCAGAACAAUCUUCGAGUGCACUAUAAAGGUAACUAACGUUAGCUAUGACACGUGAAUGAAAUUAAUUGUGAGCGCUAACGUUAGCAAAGUAAGCUGAUGAUGCUAACGUUACAUGUCAGUGGCUAGCUAGCCGUACUUUUAGCUAACUACCUUUUAGCUAGCCAACGUUCGCAGCUAAUCUUAGCAGUUGUCUUUCUCAAUAAAACGUAUUGACAGCACUAACGUUAGUUAGAUAACAACGCAGUCAAGCUAAUGUUAGUUAACUAAGUUAGGUUGUUAACUAGGUAAUGAUCAACCAUAAGCUAUCUUGUAAACCAGCUGGCGAAGUCCCCAGCCAAAACAAGGUAACGUUAACUAGCAACGUUACCCCGUUUAGCCAACUAACGUUAGCUUUCCAGUUGGGCGAACUGUAGUCCUAACAUAACUAAUGUUUGUCAAAGUUAGCAAAAGUUGAUAGUUUGAUUAAAAAAUAUCAUUGAUAUGUCAGUUGUACCUUACUACCUAACUGGCUAGUUUCUUUGUUUUUCAGCUGUUUAGUAUAGAUAGAAUCGACCAGGUCCGGAAAUAAACAUGUCACAACAGCUGAUUAGGCUAACUUACUUAUAAUGGCAGGGCCCAAUGCUAGUUUUUUUAAAUGAAGGCCCAGGGUUGACAAAUUAAUUAAUCUACUAGUUAACCUACUAGCUAACUAGUUAAAUUGGCACAUAAAUCAGCAAGCUAGCUUUGUCAAGCUGACAAAACAGAAAAUGACACCCAAAGGCAAAGCCCUUAUCCUGUAGGCUGUAGUCUAGCCAUAGGCCUAUAGCUAGCUAGCUAGCUAGCUAGCUAGCCUAGAUCUGCUUCUUCAGCAUUACCCAUUUAGGAUAUGUGUGACCUAUAUUAGCUAAUAUUGGUGGCAAAUGCUAUUAUUUAAUCGGUUGCUAUGUCAUGGUGGAUUUUUAGUUAGUAGCAACUGGAAGUCAAUGGUUGGAGUGACAAUCAAGGCUGGCUUAGUACCUGAACCAACUAAAGGUAUCUGAAGUGUGUUUUUCCCAGUGUUUGAUGUAGGCCUACUUCAUAAAGGUGUAACAGUGUAUUUCCUUCCUGGGUGUGUAGGCCCUACAUUUUACCCUUUAAACAAUCUCUUCAUAGUAUGUGAUGCGUCUAGAGAACAGCAUGGCUUUACAAAUACUAUUGUGGCUAUGCAGAUCACUGAGGUACAAUAAGAACUAGACUGUGUCCAAGAUGUCCGACCUUUGUUUUCAAAGUAAUCUAUUCGCGUAUGCAUAUGCCGAUUCAUGGACCGUUUAUAUCCGGUUUACACAGCCAAACUUCACAGGCGCACAGGGAGCAGCCACGACGUCAUCCAAAAACAUGGCAGACAUUGGAUGAAUAUAAAAUGUUAAAGCUGCAAUAUGUUUUUUUUGGGCUACCUGACCAAAUUCACAUAGAAAUAUGACAUCUGUCAUUCUCAUUGAAAGCAAGUCUAAAAAGCUGUAGCUCUGUUCUGUGCUCUAUUAAUAUGCUUCCUAUUAGUUUCAUUUUUGCGCCUUACAUCCUGUUUUGUACAACAGCUUCAAACAGCUGAAAAUACAAUAUUUUUGGUUAUGGUUUAGAUGGUACAAUGAUUCUCUACACUAGCUUGUUUUGUCACAAACUGAAAUUAGGUGAACUAUUAGAAUUUUAGCAACCAGGAAAUUGCGGAGGAGGGAAAAAUCAGCCUCUGUGACAAUUAUUUGAAUAAUUCAAUGAAUGUUUUGUGCAAAUCUGACUUCUUUGGAAAUUGUCAUUAUGGGCCAGUACUGACGCAAAACUAUAGGAGCAGUCACAACUGUGCUUCUAUACCGGAACCCUGGCCCCUUGAUGCAGAUGCUCCAUGCCUGCCUGGCUGAUGCAAACUUUAAACAAAUAAACACACUUGACUAACAACAACUGGUCACUUGAGACUGACACAAGAUUAUGGAUAUACUGACAAGAUGCAUGUCUCUCCGCCCUAACAAUGGGAGUCGUUGUCCACAAAGCGGCAUGGCGGGCUGUCUACCUCCCGCCUAUCCUUUCUUUUGGAUUGGUGGAUACAUCUCAUUUAUUGUAAUCCUUUUUUGAAUAUUUGAUGAGGGUUGUUGACGUCAACCACAUGUAUUCAAUGGAGAGGAAUGCUAUACUACUAGCCUCAUGCCAUGAAUAUGCAUAGCCAUCUCGAGACAACUCUGAUAAUGUUUUUUCUCAAAGUUGCCGGGAUGUCACGUGUCCUACUUAUCACUACCCUUGUAACAACUUAAACAUUACGUAACUUCUAUUAGAUCAAAUAAACCUCACGUAGCAAAUAAGCCAUUACAUGUUUUUGUUGUUGACCAAAUUCAACACUCAUUGACCUCCAUACAAAAACUCCUUGCUUGGUGGGCAAAACAACAAAAAGGCCACCUGCUGGAGGGAGAGAUUUUCGCAGAGUUGGGCCUCUUCCUCUGGUGAAGUUAGCCACGAUAGUGGAAGUCCCCCAUUGAAACUGAUGGAUACAAAUAGUGGAAUAAUGCCAUGUUUAGCAUUAUCUAGUCCAAAUAAGUUUGGAAUGUUCUAUAAAUUCAACAAAAAUACAAUUUAGUUAAUUUGACACAUCUGAAAUCGCACUGUGGAUGUAUUAGACUUCAGACUUACACUGCGAACAUAAUUGUAGGCUAUGCACUGUACAGCCUUACCUAUGGAUCUUGGGCCCUUGAAAUGGGUUAUUGGCCUACUCACUGACACCAACAGAACAACUGAAGAGUUGACACAUUGCCGUCGUUGCCCUUUUUUUAAUGUGGGGCUUUAACUGUGGGAAAUCGCCUCCCUAUCCAGCCUACACUGUGUGCACAAUUAUUAGGCAAGUUGUAUGUUUGAGGAUUAAUUUUAUUAUUGAACAACUACAGUGCUCUCGGUCAAUCCAAAAUGUUAAUAAACCUCAAACCUGAAUAUUUAAGAAAGUAAAAGUGAGGUUUUGGCUUUCUUUGGAGAAUAUCUGUGUGCACAAUUAUUGGGCAACUAUUAGUGUGUAGAAUUAUUAUGCAACUAAAUGAAAAAACGAAAAGUUCCCCAUCUCACUUGUUUAUUUUCAUCUGUUAAAGUGAGAAUAAAACAACUCAAAAUUUACAAAUAAACAUUUCUGACAUUUCAACAACAAAAACACCACACAUUGGCUGCUGCUACUGUAGGCUGAAUAUGUUAAAAUGUUAUGGGAUGCAUUUUCUCAUUUUUUUUUUAUGGUAGGCCACUGGUAAUCGCCACAGUAGUCUACUUGACCACUUUUUAAAGUGGGUAUAGCCUGUUCACAGUAAACGUGUGCCGGAAGUUGCACAGAAUUUUCACAACGUUCAAGUUUGCGCUCAGCAGGGAACAUUGGUUAUGUAGAUUAUUUUGAGCGGGACAAACUGUCACGCAGCUCACAGAAGAACGACAACGUUAGGGUAGGUAGGAAAGACUUUUCGACUUAUUAUACUUUUGUGGACACUAUCAAAUUAGUGGAUUUGGCUAUUUCAGCCACACCCAUUGCUAACAGGUAUAAAAUCGACAACACAGCCAAGCAAUCUCUGUAGACAAACAUUGGCAGUAGAAUGGCGUUACUGAAGAGCUCAGUGACUUUCAAUGUGGCACCAUCAUAGGAUGCCACCUUUUCCAACAAGUCAAAUUUCUGCUCUGCUAGAGCUGCCCCGUCAACUGUAAGUGCUGUUAUUGUGAAGUGAAACGUCUAGGAGCAACAACAGCUCAGCCGCAAAGUGGUAGGCCACACAAGCUCACAGAACGGGACCGCCGAGAGCUGUAGCACGUAAAAAUCAUCUGUCCUCUGUUGCAACACUCACUACCGAGUUCCAAACUGCCUCUGGACACAACGUCAGCAUAAUAACUGUUCGUCAGGAGCUUCAUGAAAUGGGUUUCCAUGGCCGAGCAGCCGCACACUAAGAUCGCAAUGCCAAGCGUCAGCUGGUGUGGUGUAAAGCUCGCCGCCAUUGGACUCUGGAGCAGUGGAAACACUUUCUCUGGAGUGAUGAAUCAUGCUUCACCAUCUGGCAGUCUGAUAGACAAAUCUGAGUUUGGCUACCUGCCCCAAUGCAUAGUGCCAACUGUAAAGUUUAGUGGAGGAGUAAUAAUGGUCUGGGGCUGUUUUUCAUGGUUUGUCAAGGGAAAUCUUAACGCUACAGCAUACAAUGAUAUUUUGUGCUUCUAACUUUGUGGCAAAAGUUUUGGGAAGGCCAUUUCCUGUUUCAGCAUGACAAUGCCCCUGUGCACAAAGCAAGGCCCAUACAGAAAUGGUUUGUCGAGAUAGGUAUGGAAGAACUUGACUGGCCUGCACAGAGCCCUGACCUGAACCCCAUCGAACACAUUUGGGAUGAAUUGGAACGCCGACUGUGAGCCAGGCCUAAUCACCCAACAUCAGUGCCCGACCUCACUAAUGCUCUUGUGGCUGAAUGGAAGCAAGUCCCCGCAGCAAUAUUCCAACUUCUAGUGGAAAGCCUUCCCAGAAGAGUGGAGGCUGUUAUAGUAGCAAAGGGGGGACCAACUCAAUAUUAAUGCCCAUGAUUUUGGAAUGAGAUGUUCGACAAGCAGGUGUCCACAUACAUUUGGUCAUUAAAUGAUAAGGCUACAAUGGGUAUUUAAACCAGAAAUAUAAGUAUGGUCUGAAACCUUUCCAAUGCGGAAUUCUGUCAUCAUGCGCUGUUUUGAAUGAACAAUUCUAAAGGCUUUCCCCCCCAAAAAAAACUUCCCAAUUGAAUGUUGUUGAAUGCAAAGUAGGCCGAGCUGGCAGGAUGAUGUCAUGAUGAGUUGCAUGGUAUCAAUCGGGUGGGCGUUAUACAUGGGAUUUUGAGAGUGAAACCUGAAACUGAAUUUAUAGGGCCCUACGACUAGUCUGCUGACUGUUCAAAAUAGCUAACAAUAACACCCUUUUUGAGACUGCGCAAAUAUUAAAAUGAAUAAAAAUCUCUGCCGACGACUUCUCUUUAAGGCAGAACCCCCGCACCUCAAAUUCAGAGGGGUUGGGUUAAAUGCGAAAGAAAGGUGCGUAUUGACAUUCAUAUUGCAAUGUACUGACUGACUUUUUCUAUUUUGCCAUUUAGCAGACUCUCUUAUCCAGAGUGACUUACAGAAGCAAUUAGGGUAAAGUGCCUUGGCGACUCACACUAAAUUCUUCUGCUGCUCUAUCGUUCGCUACAUACUUGAGUGUAAGACUGCCAUCAUUGAAGUAAUUUUUGGUGACAAAGGGCACGAGGGGCAUUGUACAAAAAGUCCUCAGCGAUUGGCUUGUCUCUAACCAAUCAGAGUAUCAAAGCCCAUGAGUUUUCAAACUGCAGCUUUACCCACGUGUGUUCUGGCUCUGGCUCAACCCAUCGGCUUCUGGAACAAUCAGACGGCCCCGACUGUGUCCAUGUUCGGUGAAGGAUCGGGGAGUUACUCCGAUCCAGACUCUUUGAAGAAAAGAAACUAACGUCUGUGGGCGUAGCGUUUGACUGGAGCAAGGAGUCUCGGUAGCCAGGCGAGCAAUGUACAGCAUUACCUAUGGAUCUUGGGUCCAUGAAAUGGGGUAUCAGUCUACUCCGUGUCACCCACAGAACACAACUGAGGAGUGUACACAAAUAUUAAUGUUGUAGCACUAAUUGCGGGACUUUGACACCGGUGUGAACUGAGCCACAUUAGCUUCCACAAUAAGGGCAACGACGCUAAUAUUGAUGUAAACAGUUGUGUUCUGUGGGAUGCCGGCAUUGACAUCUGGCAUUCCACAGAACACAACUGUUUACAUCAAUAUUAGCGUCGUUGCCCUUAUUGUGGGACUUUAAAGCUGCAAUAUGGAACUUUUUGGGCGACCUGACAAAAUUCACAUAGAAAUGUGAGUUAGAUCUGUCAUUCUUUUGAACGCAAGUCUAAGCGGUAGAUCUGUUUAUGUGCGCUAUUUCAAUGCUUCCCUUAUCAUAAAAAAUAAAUAAAUGUACAUUUUAUUUUGGCGUCUUCCUAGAGCUGGCCGCCCGGACAAACUGAGCAAUCUGGGAAGAAGGGCCUUGGUCAGGGAGGUGACCAAAAACCUGAUUAGAGCUCUGUCAGAGUAACAGAGUUCCUCUGGAGAUGGGAGAACCUUCCAGAAGGACAACCAUCUCUGCAGCACUCCACCAAUCGGGCCUUUAUGGCAGAGUGUCCAGACGGAAGCCACUCCUCAGUAAAAGGCACAUGACAGCCCGCUUGGAGUUUGCCAAAAGGCACCUAAAGACCGACCAUGAGAAACGAGAUUCUCUGGUCUGAUGAAACCCAGAUUAAACUCUUUGGAAACCUGGCACCAUCCCUACGGUGAAGCGUGGUGGUGGUGGCGGAAGCAUCAUGCUGUGGGGAUGUUUUACAGCGGCAGGGACUGGGAGACUAGUCCGGAUCGAGGGAAAGAUGAAUGGAGCAAAGUACAGAGAUCCUUGAUGAAAACCUGCUCUAGAGUGUUCAGGACUUCAGACUGGGGCGAAGGUUCACCUUCCAACAGGACAGCGAUCCUAAGCACACAGCCAAGACAACGCAUGAGUGGCUUCUGGGCAAGUCUCAAUGUCCUUGAGUGGCCAAGCCAGAGCCUGGACUUGAAUCCGAUCGAACAUCUCUGGAGAGACCUGAAAAUAGCUGUGCAGCAACGUUCCCCAUCCAACCUGACAGAGCUCGAGAGGAUCUGCGGAGAAGAAUGUGAGGAACUCCCCAAAUACAGGUGUGCCAAGCUUGGAAAGUCAUACCCAAGAAGACUUGCGCCUGUAAUCGCUGCCAAAGGUGCUUCAACAAAGUACUGAGUAAAGGGUCUGAAUAUUUAUGUAAAUGUGAUAUUUCAGUUUUAAUUUUUUUGCAACAAUUUCUAAAAACCAGUUUUUGCUUUGUCAUUAUGAGGUAUUGUGUGUAGAUGGAUAUUUUUUCUUCUUAAUUUAAUCAUUUUUAGAAUAAGGCUGUAACCUAAUAAGGUGGAAAAAGUCAAGGGGUCUGAAUACUUUCCGAAGGCACUGUAUAUGGCGUUAUUCCACUAUUUGAAUCAGUUUGCCUCAGUUUCAAGGGGGGACUUUUAUUUUAAAGGUGAAUCGCAAAUUCCGCUAUUGUGGGUAAUCGUUAUUGUGGCUAGUGUCACACAGGUGUGAAUGGACUCCAUGCCAGGGUUAACAUAGUUUCUGAUGACUUACAGACAGUGCAUGAUACUUAUGUCUUCUGGGUGUCCUAAAUGCCAAUUCUCUGCCAGUUUCAGGCAAUUCUAUGGGCCAAAUAUCCCCUCCCCUUCCAAAAUUAAAGAUGCUCAGACAACAUGGUAAUGAACUACAAUUACCAUAAUCCAUUGCGCGCCUACUUGUCCGGUUUGUUUCUUUUACGCCUGCUUUGUUAGGUUAGUGUGGCGCAGACAAGGAGAGAGAGAAGACCGAAGAAUGCCCAAUUGAGAGGGAUAUAGAGAGCAGUUGCUUCAAGGUAUCUCUACCUGAAAAUACAUUAUCUAAAUUAUUUGAUAGUUAGUAUUCAGCUUUCAUAAAAGUAUACCUUAUUUACUUUGAAGUGAUUUUGUCACAGCAUAGGCAGCAGUUCUAUAGAGAUGAGAUGAUAACUUGGAAUGAAAUAAUAGUAAUCAUUUGUGUAAUCAAAAUGCAUAGUGCAUUUAAUGUUGAAAAAAGUUAUUGAAAUUGAAAACGGUGACUAUAUUUGUUUUAUCGAACUGAAUCGACCUCAAGCACUAAUCGCUCAGCACUAGGGGAAAACCAUGUUGCGGGGAUAGGCUUUUUUCUGUUCACCUACCGUUUUGCGUCUCAAUCCACGCCUAAAGAAACUGAAAUAUGCACUGACUGCUAAUGCUGAAUUCCAAUUGUUCCGCCCACCCCCCUCGCCAUUCUAGUAGGUUUGAAAUGGUCUGAUAGGUUUAAGCAUUAUGGUAGUUGUAAUUGUUGCCGUCUGAUUGGCCAGGGGGCAUUUCUGCCAUAUUACUUACGCCUAUCCAAUUGUUUCAGAUCUACAGCAGUGCCUACUGGGUAAGAGCUAUGGGUUGAAUUGGAUUACAGGGUGUCUUGUUUCACUCAUGCCAUCUCUUCCCUCCACCCACAGGUCAUGGAAAGACCCCCAAAGAUGCGGCAUCCGUACGAGCCACUCAUCCCAUCCCAGCCGCUUGCGGGGUCUACUACUUUGAGGUGAAAAUCAUCAGUAAAGGCCGAGAUGGGUAAGAUGGACGCACAGAAUUGGGCACCACACACCCACAUUGGGCUCUACCCACGCAAACCCCUUUUGACUUCACUAAUCAUAGUCUACAGUUGACCUCGAUUGAACAAAAGGUUAUCUCAUCAGUUCCAUGUAAUGGUUAACGGUUCAGAGAUUAGAUUCCCCCCACCCCAACUAAUCGACCUAUCAACUCUUUCCUAGGGUGUAUUCACUAAGAACCAAACGGAACAAAAACAGGGAGGGACUAACCUGAAUUUGUCUAAGAAACACACUUUUUCAUUUGCAAUCAAACUUUCGCUAUGUUGUGCACAAAUGAACACACCCCUGAUUUCCAUUGUUGUGCUGAUAACAUCUCUGGACAGUUAGGAAUUGACCUUUUGCAUGAGGGUGUCUAUCAUGUUGCGAAGAUUCAUAAAGUUCCCUUGAGGCAGUUUAGAUAUCCGUAGCCAGAGGAACCCAUACAUUAUGAAACCGUUAACAUGCCUGGAUCCAUCACAAUUUUGACCCUGCUCUCUUUCUGUUUAUCAGGUACAUGGGUAUCGGUCUCUCGGCUCAAGGUGUCAACAUGAACAGACUCCCUGGUAAGGUGACACUGUUGAAAGCUAUAGCUUGUGCGUGUCAAUGUUGACUGCCUCGGUCUUCAGGUGUGUCGAAGACCAUUUUGGUUUGUGACUUGUCCCGGUCUGUGAUGGGGCAUUAUGUGAAUUUGUCUUUUUGUGUGUGUAUUGUCUGGAAGACGUGCUGGUGAUGAACAUAAGCUUGGUGUGUGUUUCAGUGGAUUGUCUAUUCUCUGAGUAUGUAUUGUCUGAAACUCAUGUGUGAAUGUAUUUGUAAUGUGUGGGUGUGCCCUUACAAGCCAGACAGGCUGCUUAUUCUCUGGCCUGACAUGACACCGUUGGGACAGGGUGACAUGUUGGCGUGCACUCCUCACAGGGGGGGGGUUUAUCUGGCAGUGCAGGGUGUCUCUCUCUCUCUGACACUGGCUGCAUCCCAAAUGGCAGCCUAUUUCCUAUAUAGUGCACAACUUUUGACCAGAGCUGCACAUGCUCUGGUCAAAAGUUGUGCACUAUAUAUAGGAAAUAGGCUGCCAUUUGGGAUGCAGCCUUUAACACUUUUAUACCAGUCAGGAUACAGGGCGUGCCCAGCAAAGAGCCACAGCAUAGCAAUGCAGCGCAGUCUGAUAACACAGCAGACCGAGCAGUGCCAGAUCAUGGCUAAGUAAUCACAAAUGGCUAGUUGUUAAAACGAGCUAAUUGCUAAAUGAAACUGUUAGUAGCUUUGUGACCCACAGAACAGUGUCAAAUGUAACGUGGCUAAUGCUUAGGAAACCUAAUACACGCAUGAGAUUCAAAUGAGAAAAUAUUCUUACAUUAUUUUGACAUUAUAGCAGAGACCUUAUAAGGAUAAAUAAUUAGCAUAAAUAUUGUUAGGCCAGAGCUUUAAAAACCUAUACUAAAAUAAAUGUGCGCUUCUAACCAGUGCCAUGGCAGAUUGAUAGGCCUAUAUUUUACCCAGGUGUAAGACUGAUCAUCCUUAUCUUCUGCUAUGAGGCUUUAAGAUGCAUUGGUGAUGUGAUUCUUCUAGUAGCUAUGUCCAUUAUUGUAUUUUUAUUGGUGCUGUAUGUAUUGGCUAGUACAAAUGUCAUCUUUGGGGUUUAAUAAGGUGUUAUCUUAUAGAGGAAAGUGGUACUUAUACUGAACAAAAAUAUAAAUGCGACAAUUUCAAAUAUUUGACUGAGUUACUGUUCAUAUAAGGAAAUCUGUCAAUUGAAAUGAAUUCAUUAGGCCCUAAUCUAUGGAUUUGACAUGGUUGGGCCUGGGAGGGCAUAGGCCCAUCCACUUGGCAGCCAGGCCAACCCACUGGGGAGCCAGGCCCAGCCAAUCAGAAUACAUUUUUCCCCACAAGGGCUUUAUUACAGACAGAAAUACUCCUCAGCACCCCCCGCCCGCGGUUGUGAGGCAAGUUGGACGAACAUUUCGGGGAUUUAUUUUUUGUAUUUUUUAGCUCACGAAACAUGGGACCAACACUUUACAUGUUGCGCUUAAGUCAAGGCAUCAUCUUUCAGAGUGACGACAAUGUUGUCUGUAUGGUUAUUCUCAGGUUGGGACAAACACUCGUAUGGUUACCACGGAGAUGACGGCCACUCGUUCUGCUCCUCCGGCACGGGGCAGCCCUACGGCCCCACGUUCACUACAGGCGACGUGAUUGGCUGCUGCGUCAACCUCAUCAACAACACCUGCUUCUACACAAAGAAUGGCCACAGCUUAGGUACGGAACACACCUGUAGAACAUAAAAUAUAAUUCAUAUUUUUGUCACGAUGGAACUUAAGGUGUGGCAUUCAGUUGGUGAACUUCUUGUGGCGUAAUUUGGGUGAUUUCCUAAAUUGGAUGAAAAGGUCUCUUAGGCUAGUUCUAGUGGCGUUUGGAUCCGGAAAAUGUUCUAGGUGGCAUUUGGGUCCGGAAAGUUCUCCUUAUACCAGAAGUCAGUUGUUCACAAUACCCAUGCAUGGCAUAGGUAUACACAGCAGUACUAUGCAGACAAAAGUGAAGGAAACUCUACCCUUUUAUUUAUUUAUUACCAAUCAUUUCUUUACAACAUAUCACUAUCAACCAACAACAACACCACAUGUAAACACGCGACACAACAUUGUUCUCUCUCAUCCUGGUCUAAAUAAUUGGACUCAUAAAGGCACAUUUCUAUACUUUAUUUUCUUUGCAUAUCACAAUUUCAUCUCACCCUUUAAUAUUUAUUUUAGACAACAUUUUAUGUCAAAUUGAACAUCAUGGUUUGAAUAGAAUUGAUAUGCUGCACCAUGCAUUCCUGUACCCAAAAUAGGAUAUUCAGUCAGAGAUGAAGAAAUGUAUGUUGAUGUUUUUUUUUUAAAUCUUCUCUCCUGUACUCUAGGAAUAGCCUUUACAGAUCUACCGGUAAGUAUUAUCCCUCUGGCCAUUUUAUCUUUAAAAGCUACAUUCUGGGAUUCAAAAAACAAGAAAACGGCAUCCCUGCCACUUGUUUUGGUACACAGCUGAGCUGAGAGAUGGGGUUAGGGAAAUGUAAUCCCUCUCAUUCAUUGACCGCACUCUAAAUGCAUGGACGAACAUUCCAUGACAUCCAAGAGAUAGUUUGACCCCUAUUUGAAGCUAUACCUCGUUUGUUUACAUUCUUGUUGUUUGUAAACAAUGGAUGGAGUAAUAAAAUGUGAUAUUUUGGAUUAUGAUAAAGACCGUUGUGCUAAUUUCAUAAGACAUUUAUACAUUAAAUUCUUCAAGAAUCAAUGGAUAAAUAUCAAGAAUUGAAAUAACAUUGCACAGCUUCCCAAAUCCCACACUGUAGCUUUAAUGUAAAGAAUGCAUAUUUUGAAUGAUGUUUGCUGCCUGGAGGACCUGAUAUAAAAAAAAAUAUGCAGUGUAAAUUUGCAAUUUACACUGCAUGUUUUCACUGCACUGAGGCGGGGGAGAGCGCUGGCUGCGCUGUCCCCCUACCAGCAGAAUGGCCGCUUGUUUGGGGAUAAAAUAAGACCGCUUUAGCCAAAACAAUAAUCCAUUGAGCAGAAACUGUUGGCCGCAAGCCAGCAUUCAUGUUUCUCUGGGCUCUACGGUGAUGUGCGUCAACUCCACUAGAGCUGACCUUUCUCUAUUAGACCAUGAAACAGGCUUUGAGAAAUCCCUCCGCUGCUAACUCCAGGGUCAUGUUUAUUAGGCAUGAAACGGGGAGGGAACUACCAGAGUAUGCCCAAUGAGAAUGCAACCCAAGUGGUCAUGGGAUAUUAUAAAAAAAUAUAUAUAUUUAUUUAUUUAUUGAAUAUGCCAAUAUAAAACUCACAUUCCAUGACUUCCACGUAAUUUCCUGAACCGCCUGGAAUGUAAAAUGCUUUUUUUUUGUGACCAACCUUUUUAUUCAGUUUUGUAAUUUUUCUUUUUCAGAAGUGCACAGGUACAAAAACAAUCACAUAAAUGCAUACAAAGAUAACCCAUUAUCCCCCCCCUCAUGCACUUCUAAAUUAAUUUUGUAGCUUUGUCCCAGAAGCAUUUAACUGCAGGGCACUCCCACAUCAUAUGAAGUAAUGUGCCUACCAGAUUUAGGGGACACAGUGAACAGUUUGGGCAAAUUUCAUUGUAAAACAUUUCCUUGGUGUUAAAUACAGUCUGUGAACAAACUUAAAAUGUAUAAGUUGGUGGUUUGGAUUAAGGGAUGCCAAGGUCAUAUUUUUCCAUAUUCUGUUCCAGGGAAUAAAGGGUGGUUCAGAUUCAAUUAGAUAAGUGGACCAUACUUUUUAAAUAGCUAGCUUUUUAAAUGUUGCGCCAAAUCGAAAUUGUGAGCAAUAAUGGCACCAAAGCGUAGUUUACAUUGUAUAAGGGUUAUAUCAGUGAAGACCACCUCUUCCAGGGCAAUAAGAAUCAUGUGGAAGAAUCAUGUCUAAACCAGUUUAAGAUGGGGCGAAAUGUGCAUGGAAAUACAAUUUUAAGUUUGGUACGGAUAGUCCGCCUACGUCUUUCCCUCUUUGUACAUUUUUAUCCGGGAUCGUUUACCUUGCCAUAUACACUGAGUGUACAAAACAUUAGGAACACCUUCCUAAUAUUGAGUUGCCUCCCAUGCAAGUAAUGGUUGAGUCUUACUCGAUGGAUGGCAAAUUCUGCUCUGUUUUAUCAAUAAAUGAUGUCUUGACUUUGGAAAGAGUAAUAGCUACCUGGUCUGACACUGGCUCAAACACAGUUAACAACGUAAAAUGCUUUUGACCCAAACUCUGCCAGUUAAACAAAGGUACAGUGUAUAUAGGAUACUGAACCAUGUCUCUAUGUUUUUGUUUAUCUGCUCCUUAUAAACCAAGCUGUCCUGCACUGGAGUGUAUUCAUUAUUGCGCACUGUAGUGAAAUGUUUUGCAACGGAAAACAAAAACACACGUUUCUUAAGGGGACAAAUUCGGGUAGGUCCCCUCCCAGUUUCGGCCCGAUUGGUUCCUAGUGAAUACACCCCUGGUGUCAACUCUGCUCCUUGACCUAAACUCAGCAAAAAAAGAAACUGCCCUUUUUCAGGACCCUGUCUUUCAAAGAUAAUUUGUAAAAAUCCAAAUAACUUCACAGAUCUUCACUGUUUCCCAUGCUUGUUCAAUGAACCAUAAAUGAUUAAUGAACAUGCACCUGUGGAAUGGUCAUUUAAGACACUAACAGCUUACAGACGGUAGGCAAUUAAGGUCACAGUUAUGAAGACUUAGGACACUACAAUGGCCUUUCUACUGACUCUGAAAAACACCAAAAGAAAGAUGCCCAGGGUCCCUGCUCAUCUGCGUAAACGUGCCUUAGGCAUGCCAAGGCACGUUUGCACACUCUUAAUGCCAAGAGUGUGCAAAGCUGUCAUCAAGGCAAAGGGUGGCUACUUUGAAGAAUCAAAAAUAUAUUUUGAUUUGUUUAACACUUUUGUGGUUACUACAUGAUUCCAUAUGUGUUAUUUCAUAGUUUUGAUGUCUUCACUAUUAUUCUACAAUGUAGAAAAUAGUAAAAAUAAAGAAAAACCCUGGAAUGAGUAGGUGUGUCCAAACCUUUGACUGGUACUGUAUAUGUUUGAACCAUACAUCCAACAUUUUAAAGAUAAUAAAUCACCUGAGUGCAUUGUCCUCUCAUCCAUUUUGUGUCCCAGCCCAACCUGUACCCCACAGUGGGGCUGCAGACCCCUGGGGAGGUGGUGGACGCCAACUUUGGCCAGCACCCAUUUGUGUUCGACAUCGAAGACUACAUGCGCGAGUGGCGGACUAAGAUCCAGGCCCAGAUCGACAGGUUCCCCAUAGGGGACAGGGAGGGAGAGUGGCAGUCCAUGAUCCAGAAGUAAGUACCUUCCCUUGUUGCAGUACACACCAAGGGAAACGGGGAAACUACAUUUCCCAUCCGCCUUUGCAACUGGUUUGACUUGUAUUAUUGCUGCCUUUAAAUGCUCCUCCGAAUCUCGUAUUUCUCAGUUGUGAAGGCGUAAAUACGACGUGAUUGUGUUCAAGUGAUUUUGAAGUCAGAACAAUUCAUUUAAAUAAUUUUCUGACGUUCUUAAAGUUAGCUAGCUUGCUAACAUUGGCAUUAUGUUCAAACUAGCUACAUUAUCCACAUUGUCAAAAUUUGACAUGUAAAAAAUUGCUUUGUUUUAUCAUUUUUGGUUGAAAAGGUGAAAGGUCACUGCUGAAAUGUCACUACUCAUAAACUAUCAAAUUUAUCCAAUUUUCCCACUUGAAAUGUAGACUUGGAGGGUUGUUUAAGUGGUUAUUUCUGAGUCUGAACCUCGUAUUUCCGAAUUCCCAACAGCAUUUGAAGGCAGCAUAUCAUUAUUUGUAUUCUCUUUCUGAACUGUUAUGUUUCUCCCACCUCUUUGUCUCCACAGAAUGGUGGCAUCCUACCUGGUCCACCAUAGUUACUGUGCCACAGCCGAAGCCUUUGCCAAAUCCACAGACCAGGCUGUGCAUGAGGAGCUGGCCUCCAUUAAAAACCGACAGAGUGAGUCCUGUGUGCGUGAACAAUGGGCUUAGGGUGUGUCCUGUCAUUGACUUUGAGUAUAUUUUUAGAAUGUAUAUGCUACAUUCACAACAUGUUAAAAGGCUAGAUGGGUAGUUGUUGGCAUAGGUGGAGCCAUUAAAAUAUUGCUAAGGGACACGUCUGCCUAGAGGCUAGGGGUAAAAUGGAAUGGGCCUAGAAUAAAGGAUUGUCCAUAACACUUUUUAAAAUGUUGACGCUCUUGGACUCUGGGAGACAAAUUGGGAAAUGCCAUGCCACACAAUAAGUCUCUUCCCAAUAUGUGAAUGAAUGUAAAUGGGAUGUGCUUGCAGAGAUCCAGAAGCUGGUGUUGUCAGGCAGAAUGGGAGAGGCCAUCGAGACCACCCAACAGCUGUACCCCAGCCUACUGGAGAGUAACCCCAACCUCUUAUUUAUGCUGAAGUGAGUAACUGUGAGGGAUAGGCAGUUUUGUCACAUUUAGGAACUGUACCUCUUAAGGGGAAGUUCAGGAUACCCCCAAGCCAUAAGACUGCUGAACAAUUAAUCAAAUCGCCACCUGGACUAUUUAUAUUGACCCCCCCCCACAUUGCUGCUACUCGCUGUUUAUUAUCUAUGCAUAGUCACUUUACCCCUACCUACAUGUACAAAUUACCUCGGUACCGGUACCCCCUGUAUAUAGCCUCUUUAUUGUUACUUUUUUUUUUUUCUUUAGUUUAUUUAGUCAAUAUUUUCUUAACUCUUUCUUGAACUGCAUUGUUGGUUAAGGGCUUGUAAGUAAGCAUUUCACGGUAAGGUCUACACCAGUUGUAUUUGGCGCAUGUGACAAAUAAAAUUUGAUUUCAUAUUACAACUUGGUGUUAGAUGGUUCCUCACCCUGGAAGUGGUUGUAAAUUCCUGAACUGACCCUUUAAUGGCAAGACUACAUUGAUGUGCAGCCUUGUAUAUUUGGUUGUCUGUUGGUAUUUCUGUACUUGAUUCUGUAUUUUGAAUGUGGUGGUUGACGGUUUGAAGGUCGUAUUGGCUAGGCCUAAUCUUUUGUAACCCUCCCCCUGUCUCUCAGGGUGAGACAGUUCAUCGAGAUGGUGAACGGGACGGACAGCGAGGUGCGAUGCCUGGGGGGCCGCAGCCCCAAGUCCCAGGACAGCUACACGGGCUCGCCCCGCCCCUUCAGCAGCCCCAGACACAAAGCCAGUGGCUCCCAGGCCUACCUCACAGGUAUAUGAUACACUGAACAAAAAUCUUGUCAAUUGAAAUAAAUUCAUUAGGCCCUAAUCUGUGGAUUUCCCAUUACUGGGAAUACAGUUAUGCAGCUGUUAGUCACAGAUGCAUAAAAAAAAAAAAAGUCAGUAUCUGGUGUGACCACAAUUGGCCUCAUUCUGCGCGACACAUCUCCUUCACAUAGAGUUGAUCAGGCUGUUGAUUGUGGCAUGUGGAAUGUUGUCCCACUCCUCUUCAAUGGCUGUGCGAAGUUGCUGGAUAUUGGAACACACUGUCGUACACUUCGAUCCAGAGCAUCCCAAACCUGCUCAAUGGGUGACAUGUCUGAGUAUGAAGGCCAUGGAAGAACUGGGACAUUUUCAGCUUCCAGGAAUUGUGUACAGAUCCUUGCGAUAUGGGGCCAUGUAUUAUCAUGCUGAAACAUGAGGUGAUGGAGGCGGAUGAAUAGCACGACAAUGGGCCUCAGGAUCUCAUCAGGGUAUCUCUGUGCAUUCAAACUGCCAUCGAUAAAAUUAAAUGGUGUUCGUUGUCCGUAGCUUAUGCCUGCCCAUACCAUAACCCCACCACCACCAUGGGGCACUCUGUUCACAACAUUGACAUCAGCAAACCACUCUCCCACACACGCCAUAGACGCUGUCUGCCAUCUGCCCAGUACAGUUGAAACCGGGAUUCAUCCAUGAAGAGCACACUUCUCUAGCGUGCCAGUGGCCAUUGAAGGUGUGCAUUUGCUCACUGAAGUCGUUUACAACGCCGAACUGCAGUCAGGUCAAGACCCUGGUGAGGACGAGCACACAGAUGAGCUUCCCUAAGAGGGUUUCUGACAGUUUAUGCAGAAAUUCUUCAGUUGUGCAAACCCAGAGUUUCAUCAGCUGUCCGGGUGGCUGGUCUCAGGCGAUCCCACAGGUGAAGAAGCCGGAUGUGGAGGGCCUGGGCUGGCGUGGUUACACAUGGUCUGCGGUUGUGAGGCCGGUUGGACGUACUGCCAAAUUCUCUAAAACAGCGAAAUUAACAUUCAAUUAUCUGGCAACAGCUCUGGUGGACAUUCCUGCAGUCAGCAUACCAAUUGCAGGCUCCCUCAAAACUUGAGACAUCUGUGGCAUUGUGUUGUGUGACUAAACUGCACAUUUUAGAGUGACCUUAUAUUGUCCACAGCACAAGGUGCACCUGUGUAAUGAUCAUGCUGUUUUAAUCAGCUUCUUGAUAUGCCACACCUGUCAGGUGGAUGGAUUAUCUUGGCAAAGGAGAAAUGCUCACUAACAGGGAUGUAAAAAAUAAUAAUUGUGCACAACAUUUUAGAGAAGCUUUUUUUGCGUAUGGAAAGUUUCUGGGGUCUUUUAUUUCAGCUCAUGAAACAUGGGACGAACACUUUACAUGUUGCGUUUUUAUAUUUUGUGUUCAUUAGGCAACAGGUUGUUUUGUUGCAAAACGUUUCUAAACAUUCUCCAUUGCAUACCGUAAUGAAGUCCUGGAUCAAAUACAUUUCGUCAAAUACUUUAGCUUGCCAUUCUCCUUGUUUGUUUGUGUUUUGUAUGGCGUUUUUCACUGACUGACUGUCCUGGUUGCUCCCCAGGGUUUGACGGUGGCUGUUGUAAUGGGGUGAUGUCCAGUAAGGCCUACCCCUCCCCCCACAGUCACAAGUCCUGCCCACCGAGCCCAGCCCUCCUUGCCCCCGCUGCUGAGCUCAGCUCCCUCAAUGGCAGCCACAGCCUGCAGCAGCCCAACGCCAGGUACUGAACAUGCACAAGCCUAUAAUGUACUGAACAUGCGCAUAAGGCUAUGUACUGAACAUACAAAACAAAAUCCAGUACUGAACACACACACUACUAGAUACUGAACAAAUGUCCAAAACACCAGGAACUGAACACGCAUCAAACACAUACUCAAUACUAGGUAGCUUGCAACGCCUCAACCUGCAUCAAACACUAGAUACACAUUUUUUUAUGAAACUGUAUAUACCCAACACUAUGCAGUCUUGCACAGCCUGCUUAACAUCUACCAGCAAAACAAGGUAUUGACACAACGUAUCACAUAAUAAAAAAAAAAGCAGGUUUAAGAUCGGCUACAUUGCAGUGGGACUGCACAAAACUUCUGAUUUUACAAAUGAGCUUGCAUCCCUAAUAACUACUCAUUGAUGUUAUCAAGAUUAUAAGUACUAGAAAUCAAAUGAUACUCCAAUGUUACGAGAAUGGAAGAAUCAAAUGCUUUAUUGAAAUAUUACAUUUUUUUGGGUUAAAGACAAACAACAUUAACUCAAGUCAUAUGGGGCUGAGACUUCCAAGCAUUGGAAACAUGUGGGUCUGAGCAAGUGUGAUGUCAUUAAUGUAUGUAAAUGUUAAGUUGUCUUAUUGUUUUUGUCUAUGUAUGUUUAUUGUCAAAAAUAAAAUGUAUAUAUUUGUCACUGUGCCUCGCUUUUCUCAAACUGAUCCCCUCAAACAUGCCGAUUGUCCCCCUACUGUUUCACCCCCCCCCCCCCCCCCCCCCCCAGUACUGAUGUGGACAUGGAGGUUGACCACUUCACCAACGGAGUGACCGAGUCCUCCUUCAAUGGCACCUCCAAACACGGAGCCCAGACCGAGGACUGUGACGCAGACAUGGGUGAGUGACAGGCUAUGACAUCCAUAGUGAUAGUUUUAACAACAUUUUGAAGCUAUACAUUGUUUCCAUUCUUCUUGUUUGUAAACAAUGGCGUAAUGCAUCUUAUUUUGGGGGUUACAAUAAGAGUUGUGCUAAACUCAUGAGGCAUUUAUAACUUAUUAUUCAAGAAUUGACUAGGUGAAAAAUCUGUCUGUGCCCUUGAGCAAGGCACUUAACCCUAAUUGCUCCUGUAAGUCGCUCUGGAUAAGAGCGUCUGCUAAAUGACUAAAAUGUAAAUGUAUAUAGCAAAAAUUGAAAUUAUCAUUGCAGAUUCCCAGAUUGCACCUUUUUAAAAAGAACUAUAUUCCCAUGGAAUGUACUUUUUCACAAAGAAAUAUGGUCUACAACUGACAUGAUUGACUCUAUCAUCUCUGCUUUCAAAACCAACCCUCUGAGUGGCUGAAUGGUAUGUCCUCAUGUGUGACGUGCAUGUUUGAUUGGUUCUGUGUCCACAGAGGUGGAGUCGGCCCAGUCCAAGAGGCAGCUGUGCGGGGGAAGCCAGGCGGCCAUCGAGAGGAUGAUCCACUUUGGCCGGGAGCUCCAGAGCAUGAGUGAGCACCUACGCCGAGAGUGCGGCAAGAACUCGGUCAACAAGAAGAUGCUCAAGGUACUCUCCAUCAAUCAUGUUCAAACAACUUCAGAUAAAAAGCCCGACGUAAUACCUGUAAAACCUUGGAUGUACAUUUUGCUGCGAAUGUUUUGCGUGUACGUCACACUACGUCUAACAAUGCAGCGCUGCGAUUAGCCGAUAACUACCUACAAUAUCUCAAUCACAAAGCAGCAUUUCUCUUAGCUGUGGUGGUAGUGUGCUGCUAAUAUACUGAACAAAAAUAUAAACGAAACAAUUUCAAAGAUUUUACUAAAUUAUAGUUCAUAUAAGGAAAUCAGUCAAUUGAAAGAAAUUCCUUAGGCCCAAAUCUAUGGAUUUCACAUGACUGGGCAGGGGUGCAGCCAUGGGUGGGCCUGGGAGGGCAUAGGCCCACCCACUGGAGAGCCAGGCCAAGCCAAUCAUAAUUAGUUUUUCCCCACAAAAGGACUUUAUUACAGACAGAAAUACUCCUCAGCACCCCCCACCCCCCUCUCGGACGAUCCCGCAGGUGAAGAAGCCAUAUGUGGAGGUCCUGGGCUGCACAUUUUAAAGUGGCCUUCUAUUGUCCCCAGCACAAGGUGCACCUGUGUAAUGAUCAUGCUGUUUAAUCAGCUUCUUAAUAUGCCACACCUGUCAGGUGGAUGGAUUAUCUUGGCAAAAGAGAAAUGCUCACUAACAGGGAUGUAAACAAAUUUGUGCACAACAUUUGAGAGAAAUAAGCUUUUUGUGCGUAUGGACAAUUUCUGUGAUUUUUUUAAAAAUUAUUAAUUAUUUUAUGUAUUUUCUUUAGCUCAUGAAAUACGAGACCAUCAAUUUACAUGUUGCAUUUACAUUUUUGUUCAGUGUAUGACCGCUGAUCAGUUAUGUCAACUUUGAACUUACUGUACAAUGAGGUUACUGUACCUUACUUGACACACUACUUCCAUCUCUCAUCCACUGCUGUUUCUCCUACCCUGCCUUUCCCCACUUAUUUUUCCCUGCACUGUUUUUUACAUUCUUCUUGGCUGUCUUUUUUCCUCUCUCUUGUCCCUGGUCAAUGUAUUUCUAUGUCCCUUAUCUCUUCCCCUCUCCCUCUGUAGGAUGCAUUCAGUCUGUUGGCCUACUCGGACCCGUGGACUAGCCCAGUGGGCUAUCAGAUGGACUCUAUCCAGAGGGAACCGGUGUGUUCCACACUCAACAGUGCAAUACUAGGUAGGUACACUUCAGAGCGCCUCCUCAGCCAAUUCCUUGGCCAGCAGUCGAGUGUUGUACAUCAUUGGGGAAUACACUCUUGGGCGGUUUCCCAGACACCGAUUUAAGACUAGUCUUGGACUAAGAAGCACUUUUGAUGGAAAAUCUCAAUUGAACAUGCGUUUUAGUCUAGAACUUGGCUUAAUCUCUGUCCGGGAAACCGGCCCUGUAAAUUUAGCAUUUUGAUUAGAACUAAUGCUGGUUCUGUAACAAUAAUGCUAAUUCUGUAUAGCUUUUCGGUGACCGGGGCGUAAUCGUUUUCCUUUGAAAAUGGGAGAGGUUAAUUGCCAACGUGGUCAUGACUGCCAUUCUUUCCAUUGAUCAGUCCUUGACAUUUGUUAGGAUUUGAGUCAUGGUGAACAAGUUACUCAUUUGGCGGUGUCCAUGGCUACUGUUUUGUGUAUGUGAAGGUGUUAUGCAUUGCCUAUGGAUGUACUAUGUAGUACUGACUAUUUACUUAUUUAGCGGUGUCCUUAGCUACUAGGCCUAUGUCAUGGAUAUGACGUGUAAUGAAUUGCCCAACGAUGUUAGAAAUGUAUGAACCUAGAAAAUUGGUGUUGAAUCAGUCUUGCAGAUUUAAUAAGUUGUGCACACAAAUGCCCUCACGCAGCCCCCCAAGUUACUCAUUUAGCAGUGUCCUUAACACUUCCACAAAAUAGUAGCUAUGCAUUGCCUAUGGGUGUGUUAUGUUAUCUUACAUAGCUGUCCUUUCUCCCCCCAGAGACUCAUAACCUGCCCAAGCAGCCCCCUCUGGCCCAAGCUGUGGGACAGGCCGCCCAGUGCCUGUCCAUCAUGGCACACUCUGGCAGCGGCUCCUGCGCCUUCGCUGCUGUGGACGAUUACCUGCACUAGCCCGACACACACAGGUCCCCCCCACCUCCACACAACUCAAUCUGGAUCCCUCUACUCCCCGGGCUAGCCUAGGCUGCGUUCAGAUUCUCCAACCCUCCUCCCGAAGUGUUCACUCCUCAUGCUUUUAAAAGCAUUGGAUUGGUGCGGGCAUGCCUGGAGGGAGUUUUCACCAUAUUCCUCACACCAGUCCAUUCCUUUGAAAUCCAUGAGGGGGAGUGUACGAGUGCACUCUUUUGGGAUAGGGUCGAGAAUCGGGACGUCGCCCAAGUCUCACGGGAACCCUGAUGCAGUCACGCAAGCCUGCCCACAUAAUUUUGGUUGAUAGGGAGAGGGAAGAAAUUGCAGAUUAGCCAACUAGUAAAUUCACCUCCCUGAUCUGUGUGACUGUGGCAAACCAUGCAGGGUUUUCAUAUCCCAAACUACUGGGCAAAGGUGGACCACCCUGGUCUGAAGAACAAGGAACGGCUUUCCAGUGACCGCACAACACCAACCCACAGUCAACGACAUAUGUUGACACUCCACAUUUGCCAACCAAAAAUGUGCUCCAUUUAAACCCCCUGACCAACCAGGCAAGGCGGGCCGAUAUAACCACAGAAGACGUGAGUAUUCUGACCCAUUCUAGUGCAUUUGCACCUGGGUUUGCAGAGUACGCUAGCCGAUCCCACCUCGAGAAACCAACUCCUUGGUGGUGCAAAAGACGACACCCAAACCCCAUGGCAUCAGUGACUGGUGAUGCAUGUGGACUCAAGAUUUUGAAGAAGCCAGUGAGAGAAUCCAGAGUACUAACUUUUUGUCUUUUUCUUUCUUAAAAAAAAAUCGUGUUUAUUUUGGGGAGG